AUGACGAGAAAUCCGUGCGUGCACAAACCCAAUGACGACUAUGAGAAGACAAACGCCAUCUACGCAAGAAACAUUCAAGCAGAUUUGCUGCACCUGUACUCUAUGGUAUGA